GCAGAGAGGCGGGGCUUCGCUAGUGUCUUGGUAGAUUCUGGAACAUCAUCCCCACGCUAUGGAGAAAGUAUCGCAACUGAAGGAUCAAGGAAACAAGGCGCUGAGCGCAGGAAACCUUGAAGAGGCGGUUCGGUGCUACACAGAGGCUCUGACCUUAGACCCCUCUAAUCAUGUCCUCUUCAGCAACCGAUCUGCAGCUUAUGCCAAGAAGGGUGAUUACGACAAUGCCCUGAAAGAUGCCUGCCAAACUAUAAAGAUCAAGCCAGACUGGGGCAAGGGUUACUCAAGAAAAGCUGCUGCUUUAGAGUUUCUUGGGCGACUAGAAGAUGCCAAAGCGACCUAUCAGGAGGGUUUACGUCAGGAGCCGUCCAAUCAACAGCUCAAGGAGGGACUUCAAAACAUGGAAGCACGGUUAGCAGAAAGGAAGAUGAUGAACCCAUUUUCAAUUCCCAACCUGUAUGAGAAGCUGGAGGGCGACUCUCGGACACGAGCGCUGCUGUCUGACCCCAGCUACAGGGAGCUGCUGGAGCAGCUCAGGAACAAACCCUCAGAGCUCGGCACGAAGCUGCAGGAUCCUCGUGUGAUGACCACUCUUUCGGUGCUGCUGGGACUGGAUCUUUCUGGCAUGGAUGAAGAAGAGGAACCGACCCCGCCACCUCCCCCUAAACCCAAAGAGACCGCUCCUCCUCCUCCUCCUAAAGAGGAAGACCUGCCGGAGAACAAGAGAAUGGCCUUGAAGGAGAAGGAGCUGGGAAACGCAGCGUACAAGAAGAAAGAUUUUGCUACUGCACUGAAGCAUUAUGAAGAAGCUAUAAAGCAUGAUCCCACCAACAUGACCUAUCUGUCAAACCAAGCAGCUGUGUAUUUUGAAAAGGGGGAUUUCGAUAAGUGCAGAGAGCUUUGUGAGAAGGCCAUUGAUGUGGGCAGAGAGAACAGGGAAGAUUACAGACAGAUUGCAAAGGCAUAUGCCAGGAUUGGCAACUCAUACUUUAAGCAGGAGAAAUACAAAGAGGCUGUCCAGUUCUUUAAUAAGAGUCUGACGGAGCAUCGCACACCUGAUGUCCUCAAGAAGUGCCAAGAGGCGGAGAAGAUUUUGAAGGAACAAGAGAAGGUGGCCUAUAUCAACCCAGAUUUGGCCCUGGAAGAAAAAACCAAGGGCAACGAUGCCUUCCAGAAGGGUGAUUAUCCUUUGGCCAUGAAACAUUACUCAGAGGCCAUCAAGAGAAAUCCAUACGAUGCGAAACUCUUCAGCAACAGAGCCGCCUGCUACACCAAACUGCUGGAGUUUCAGCUGGCCCUCAAGGACUGUGAGGAAUGCAUCAACCUGGACUCUACCUUCAUUAAGGGUUACACACGUAAAGGAGCCGCACUGGAGGCCAUGAAGGACUUCUCCAAAGCAAUGGAUGUGUACCAGAAAGCUCUAGAGCUCGACUCAAACUCAAAGGAGGCCACAGAGGGCAUGCAGCGCUGUAUGGUAAGCCAAGCCAUGCGUAACGACAGUCCAGAGGAUGUGAAACGGAGGGCCAUGGCGGAUCCAGAGGUGCAGCAGAUCAUGAGUGACCCUGCCAUGCGCAUGAUCUUGGAGCAGAUGCAGAAAGACCCACAGGCCCUCAGCGAUCAUCUAAAGAACCCUGUCAUCGCUCAGAAAAUUCAGAAACUGAUAGAUGUUGGGUUGAUAGCCAUUCGGUGAUCAGAGGAACCAGAAGAAAACCAGGACAUUAUUCAUCUACACGACAACAACAAAAGAAGACUGCAAGUGAUGGCGGCAACGUUCCAAACUAAUUAUUUACUCCAAGUUUAACAAGCAGCCUAACCCUUCUCCUCCCACUCUUCCCAAUUGGAUUUUUUUAAUUGCCUUAAUUGGAUUGAAAAUGCGACAACAUUGAUCUUUUCUGCACUUCAUUCGCUAGUGUCACUUGUCCAGUCAUGGUUUUCAGACAUGCCAGUGUUCAUGGAGUAAAGUUAUGUGAGAGUAUCUAGCCUUAGACACCAGUGGGUUAAAAGAGUGGUUUUGAGCAUUCGCAUUAAAGCAGUUUUUUAUUUUAUUAUGUUUAUUUUUUGUAUUUAAUUUUUUACAUCUCGGUAUUUGGCUUUUUCUGAAUAUCAUUUCAUAAUGCAUCUAAACAAAUUUGUCUUUCUGAAUCUGUCCACUUUUGACUGUGUAUGGUGGGUUUGUUUUGCUCUGGAUUGGAGGAGAAGCGG